UUUCUUCUGUUACGCUCGUUUUUAUAAGACGUGUUGGGUUUUCUUGACCAUUUCACUACUUAUAUACUCGUUCGUCUCCUCUCUCUCUCUUUCUCACUUUGAUUCCUCUUCUCUCCCAUAAUGUUUUCAAGAACCAUCUUCUUGGUUCUCUUCUUCUUUCUUCUUUCUUUAAUCACCUUUACUCCUGCAAAUGCAAUCCGAUCGUUUCCAGAAAGAGUUGGGAUUUCGUUCUUGCAACAAUUCUCUGAAGCCCCGGAAUACAAAAACGGAUUCAGCUGCCGUGUUUUGGGUGUCGGGAACUUUCCGGCGGCGUGUGAUCCUUCUCUUGUUCAUGUUGCAAUGACUAUUGAUUCUGAGUACUUGAGAGGCACCAUAGCUGCAGUCCACUCUGUUCUCAAGCACGCUUCUUGCCCUCAAAACACUUUCUUCCACUUCAUCGCUUCAGAUUCUAGUCCGGUGAGUUCCCAAGACCUUACUCGAGUUGUGCACUCCACGUUUCCGUCGCUCAGGUUCAGAGUUUAUCAGUUCAAGGAGAGCAUAGUCAGUCAUCUGAUCUCGUCUUCCAUUCGUCAAGCUCUUGAUAACCCCUUGAACUACGCAAGAAGCUACUUAGCGGAUUUGCUAGACGCUUGUGUGGAGCGUGUGAUCUAUUUAGACUCGGAUGUUAUCGUUGUCGAUGAUGUAGAGAAGCUGUGGAGGAUAAAGUUGUCAGGGUCCAGAGUUAUUGGUGCUCCGGAGUAUUGUCACGCGAAUUUCACCAAGUACUUUUCGGAUGGAUUUUGGGAAGAUAGUGAAAUGUCCAAGGUUUUUGAAGGGAAGAGUGCUUGUUAUUUCAAUACAGGUGUGAUGGUGAUGGACUUGGUGAGGUGGAGAGAGGGUGAUUAUACGAGGAAGAUUGAGAGUUGGAUGGAGAUUCAGAAGGAGAAGAGGAUUUACGAGCUGGGAUCUCUACCGCCUUUUUUGUUGGUUUUCGGUGGAGAUGUUGAGGCUAUUCAUCACAGAUGGAACCAACAUGGGCUUGGUGGUGAUAAUGUGGUGAAUAGUUGCAGGUCUCUGCAUCCAGGUCCUGUGAGCUUGUUGCAUUGGAGUGGGAAAGGGAAGCCAUGGUCAAGGCUUGAUUUGGGGAAGCCUUGCCUGGUUGAUUAUCUUUGGGCGCCUUAUGAUCUCUACAUACACCAUCAUCAUCAUCACCAUCACCAUCAUGAACAGCUAUUGGCAGUUUUGUAGAAAAGGAUUCUUUUGUCCUAAUUGAUUUGAUUCAAUUCAUUGAUAGGAUAUGUAUAUAGAGGAGAGAUUGAACAUGUAAACAGAGUGGAACACAUUGUUCCAUUUAAACAUAUUUUUGGAGAUCUUUUGUU